AUUGUUUGUUUUGCUUUAGGGUCAGUCAUCCUGCUCGUCACCAUCGGAUGUUUCUUAUACUUGAGGAAAAGAUAAAAGGAUCAUGAACGUUCUUUAAAGGAAGAAUCUUGGGAUGUGAAAUCCUUCCAUGUUUUGGCUUUUAGUGAGGAUGAGAUUUCUUGAUUCCAUCAAACCAGAUAAUCUAAUUGGAAAGGGAGGCUCCGGUAACGUUAAAAGUGUUAUGCUUUCUAAUGGUUUAGAACUUGCAGUGAAACAUAUAUGGAACACGGAUUCUGGCGGCCGGAAAAAGCCCCGGAUCACAACCCCAGUGAUCGGGAAACGUGUCGGGAAGUCAAAGGAGUUCGAUGCAGAGGUACAGACGUUGUGCUCUAUUAGGCAUGUCAAUGUGGAGAAGUUGCUUCAUGGUUGUAAAAAACUCGAACUCGAUUGGGAAACAAGGCACGAGAUCGGGUUAGGGGCCGCAAAGGGACUCGAGUAUCUUCACCAUGGAUGUGAGAGAUCGGUGAUUCACCGGAUGUCAAGUCCAGCCAAUUCUAGUAAGGACUCCGCGCAUGUCACUGCCGGUACCCAUGGUUACAUAGCUCCUGAAUAUGGCUACGCAUGCAAAGUGAACGAGAAGAGUGAUGUUUAUACUUUUGGAGUGACCAGAGAGAGCACACUAAGCAUUGCAGACCCAAAAAUCCCAAGUGCCUAUAAAGAUGAUGCCAUCAAGGUACUCAGAAUUGCAAUUCUGUGCACGGCAAGGCUACCAGAGCUAAGAUCCACAAUGAGAAGUCUUGUUCAAAUGUUAGAAGACGCCGAGCCCUGCAAAGUAGUUGGCAUAGUCAUCGGAAAAGAUUCUGAUACCAAGAGAAAGGAAGCGACGGAUAGCUGGAAUUUUAGUCCAGAGCCAUAGGCCUCCAAAAUUGGCCUUUUGGGCAUGAUCAGUAUUUUGCUAUGGCUUGUAGAAUUGUUGUAACAUAUUAGAGUUGUAAAAUAUUAAGUAGAGGGUAUUGUAUGCUAAUGAUUUCCUUAAGGGGUGAGGAAAGCAUUAGGAGAUGCAAAAGCUCCACGGAAACGAUGGAUACUUGCAUCAUGUUUCAGAAGCCAAAUUAAUAACAGAAAUGGAGACGA